AUGGCUUCCAUCCACCCUCUCAAACUCCCCGAAAUCAUCACCCUCGUCGGCAACUUCCUCCCCCUCUGGUCCCAAGAACGCGCCCAAGGAACGGGUCGUCUAAAACUCGUAUUCCUCCCCAAAACCUUUCACACUUGCCUCCUCGUCUCCAAAAUCUGGCACGACACUUUAAUCCCCCUCCUUUGGUCCUACUAUGAAGCCGAAGCAAUGGAAAUUGUCCCCCUCCCCAUCUUGACGCGAUACAGUAUCCACUUCAGGACCUUUCGUCAGUAUCGCGGAUUCGGGAGUCGGGCUCUUGAUAGUUUUGGAUGUAAGGGAGUCGUCAAGGCGAUGCUGAGCCCGGAGACGAUCGAGGAGUUGGAAGAGUCGCGACGGAUGAUGAGGGAUAAUGGUGGUGGGUUGAAGGAAUUGGAGUGGUAUGGGCCGACGGGAUCGACGUUGAGGGUAGAGGAUUUCGCGGGGUUGAGGAGUUUGGAGAGGCUGAAGUUGUCGAGGUGGAAGGUGGAUGGGGGUCAGCUUUGGAGGGUGCUGGAGAUGUUGGUGGGGUCUUUGAGGGUCUUGGAGAUUGAUUGGCUUUCUGGUGUCGAUGACGAUGAAGGAGAUGUACAAGGGGCUGCAGUGAUACUGCCAUUGUUGGAAGCAUAUCACGCCAGUGGUCCUCCUUUUGGCCAUGACCCCGCCAAUUUUGUCAAGCGGUGUCCCAAUCUGGUACGAUCUGUCUUAUCACUGGACGCGGGCAAGGGGUUCUACAAGGACGACAACAAGGAUAUCACACGUCUCGCGGACAGCCUUCGUACCCAUUGCCCCAACCUUCGAGCCCUAACCAUCAAUGGAUCCAUCCCUCCAGACCAAAAAGCAAUUCUUAUCCGGAACUGUACAUCCAUCCCGAGUAGCAGCAGUCUUUUGGAACUCGUCGUCGAUGUACAAAGUAUGGGCAAGGAUCUCAUGGACUCGAUUUUGAUUCAUGCGCCGACCGUGGAGACUCUAGGCACCCUCACCUCGACUAGGAAUAUUAUGAUGGAGCAGCUACUCCAGAUCCCGGUGCAGUGCCCUCGACUGAAAUGGUUUGCGGUCCAUGCGAUCUACAUCCGCGAAUCGGCGUGGUCUACUCUGGGCGCACUCAAGGCAACUGCAUGGCAGAGUUCGGCCAUGGAGAUCUUGGACCUGGACGCUGGAGACCCUAGCGAGGCAUGGGUGAAGGGUGAAGUCUUCAUACUGAAGGAUUUGUUUGCGAGUGGUCCGAUCCUGGGCUGGUAUUUCCACCCGAAGGAGAAGUUGUUGUCGUGUAGCGAUGAUGAUGUGUUUUGGAGUGAGGCGUUUGCGCGGGAGCUGUUUGAAGCGGUCCGGGGGUUGGCGAAGUUGAGGAUAUUGAGGUUCUUGAUCUGGACAUUGGAGACAUCUAAGCGAGCCUAUGCCAGUACUGUUCAAGAGAUGUUCGAGGAUGGACCUAUGAUGGGCUGGCAUUAUCAUGCCAGGAGUUCGACUGCUUCAUACAGGGCUGAUGUUCGUAUGAGUAGAGCCUUUGUGGAGGACAUGUUCAGGUCCGUGGCGGGUCUUGAGAAUCUUCGGAUGUUAAAGCGGUGCAUGGUUGUCUUUACGCGGUCAGGCCGUCCAACUGGAGCUAGGUUUGUAAGACUUCCGUUCGUCCAUGACCAUGACUAG